UUGAGUAGUCAGUUGGGAGUCAGGGCUUCAUCAGUUCCUUGAUAACCACCAAACAGUAGCAAGUCUUGUCCCCUCUUCUUUCUGAGUCCCAAAAGUAGCUGACAAGUUUCUGGUAUUUAUCUGGUUUGACAUCCAGCAGGUUAUAUUCCACCCAGAAUUGUAAUCAAGUAUUGGGACUCCCUGACUAGGUCAGUUUGAGUCUUAAGCUAAGGGUAGUUGACUAUGGAGACGGGGUUUAUGGACUAGCUUGCUCUAGCUCCCAAGUCCACUCUGGGAAGUGUCCCCUUCAGAAACCAGUCCCAAGUGAAACUCAGGUGAGUAUAUAGGGACAAUGGAUUUUAGGGCAGUCAGCAUAGGUAAUGUUUUUUGAAUCCUGUUGUAUGUGAUCUCUGCAUCCUAGAGUCAGGGAUUUAGUGGGGAAAGGUAUGGCAAUGUUGAAAAAGUCUCAUUUGAAUGACUAGUGGUUUGGGAUCAGAUAUUUAAAGGAAAUGUUAAGCUGCUGUAACAAGACGUUUAUUUUUUUCAUUUUACAGAGCUCCCUGUUAGGGAGCUGAAAGAGGGAUUUGCUUGCACCCUCACAGUACUGUUUGUGAGUUCAAGCUGGCUGUUCCUAUUAUUUUUCCAGCAGAGAUGGGAAAAGGGAGAAAGGAUGUCUGCUCUUUUCAUGGGUGUCGCCUGACAAAACAACUGGUCAUUUUUCAAUCCCAAACUAGCUGCCAGAGAGGCAGGGAGUGGAGUCUGUACUGGGGUGGCCAUGUACCUUGGAGAGAAAAUUUGUUCCUUGUCCCAUUCAGGAAUGAGGUCCUGGUGACUGUUCCAAGUACUUGUCUGUCCUGUCUGAUGCUGAAUUACAUGUCAGCAGCUUCCUUUGCUGGGUGGCCACCCCUGGUUAGGUCCUCAGAGGGAGUCACCAUGGAAAUAGCGUGCUUGAAAAGGAAAGCCGCUGUUCAACUGGCUGAACUUGCUGCAUACCUUCCCCACCAUAGCUCAUUUCGUUGCAGUCACCGCGCGGGAGUAACCAAUCAAAACUAUUCCUAUCACUGGCCUCUCCCUUGUCCUCUUGGUCCUUACCUAAGGUUCUAGACUCAGCAGUGUACCCAUCACACAAUGACCGCAUCUCUGGGAAGUGACUCCCAUUUCUCCAAUCACCCGUCUCCUAAGUUUGGGUUUUUCUUUCCUGGACGUCAAAUUCAUUCUUCAAGGAGGGUGAGCUCAAGCACUAGUCCAGCUCUGAAAGGCCAAGUGACUUAAGGAGACGAGCUUAUGAAAGUGUAUGACAAAGAAGGAGUUUAGGAAGCCUGGCCACCAGCUCCAAGUCCUGCAGAGCCCGACUGCUCCGACUCCCCCGAGAAGCCCGUGAGCGCCCCCACCCGGACGCCGGGGGCAGGGCCGGAGCUGUGCUUCCUCUUCCCGCGGCCCCGGGCAGUUGUGCGGAGGGAAAAUAAUUUCCACAACCGGUACAGUUGCUCUCAGAGAAGACUCAAAAGGGGGCCGUUGGUAUAAGUAGAGUACCAACAAUAACCUUAGGAGGGAUCCCACACAAUCGGACACAACGCCCGGUUUUCACAGCACUAUUUUUUUUUAAGAGUCUCACUUUAUCAACCUCGGUAGAGUACGGUGGCGCCACAGCUCACAGCAACCUCCAGCUCCUGGGCUUCGGCGAUCCUCUUGCCUCAGCCUCCCGAGUAGCUGGGACGACAGGCGCAGCUACGACGCCCAGCUAUACAAGACGGGGUCUUGCACUUGCUCAGGCUGGUUGAGCUCAGGCUGCCUGAACCAGUGAGCUCAGGCAGUCCACCCGCCUGGGCCUUCCAGAGUGCUGGGAUUACUGCGUGAGCCACAGCGCCCGGCGCAACAGCACCAAAAUUAGCAUGGAAAAUCGUUAUCCGAGAACAAGGCCAGCCCCGAGCUCGCCCCUCCUCCGCAAGCGACGUAUCACUCCCGGCAGGCCACUCCCAGGGGCGUGUCUGCUGGGCCCCGAGCCGGGCCGGUGGGCCUGUUCCCUUCCGGUCCUUCCUUCCGGUCCGUCCCAUUUAGCCUUCCGACAAACAGCACUUCCUGCGAGCGAUUGGAAUCCUGAGCUGUGGUGAGGGUUGACACUCCGGACCGGGGACGCCGAGCGGCCGGGCGGCGCCUCCAGCUACGCCAUGGCUCGAAAUGCAGAAAAGGCCAUGACGGCCUUAGCAAGAUUUCGCCAAGCUCAGCUGGAAGAGGGAAAAGUGAAGGAACGAAGACCCUUCCUUGCCUCAGAAUGUACGGAGCUGCCUAAAGCUGAGAAGUGGAGACGACAGAUUAUUGGAGAGAUAUCUAAAAAAGUGGCUCAGAUUCAGAAUGCUGGUUUAGGUGAAUUCCGAAUCCGAGACCUGAAUGACGAGAUUAACAAGCUGUUAAGGGAGAAAGGACACUGGGAAGUCCGGAUAAAGGAGCUGGGCGGUCCUGACUAUGGAAAAGUUGGCCCUAAAAUGCUGGAUCAUGAAGGGAAAGAAGUCCCAGGAAACCGAGGUUACAAGUACUUUGGAGCAGCAAAAGAUUUGCCUGGUGUUAGAGAGUUAUUUGAAAAAGAACCUCUUCCUCCUCCCAGAAAAACACGUGCUGAGCUCAUGAAGGCGAUUGAUUUUGAGUACUACGGUUACCUAGAUGAAGAUGAUGGCGUUAUUGUGCCUUUGGAACAGGAAUAUGAAAAGAAACUUAGAGCCGAAUUAGUGGAAAAGUGGAAAGCAGAGAGAGAGGCUCGGCUGGCAAGAGGAGAAAAGGAAGAAGAGGAGGAUGAGGAGGAAGAAAUCAACAUCUAUGCUGUCACCGAGGAGGAGUCGGAUGAGGAAGGCAGCCAGGAGAAAGGCGGGGAUGACGGGCAACAGAAGUUCAUCGCCCACGUGCCUGUGCCAUCACAGCAAGAGAUUGAGGAGGCGCUUGUACGAAGGAAGAAAAUGGAACUCCUCCAGAAGUAUGCGAGUGAGACCCUGCAGGCCCAGAGUGAAGAAGCCAAAAGGCUCCUGGGAUAUUAGUGCAGAGCUGGGGCUCUCGCUGGAGUCCGGAAGAUCUGCUGGGCCCUUUCAUCCUCCUGUGUCCCUUCAGGACCACUGCCCUUGGCUGCCUGAGGUCUCUGCUCCUUUCUCAUCCUUUCUUACCUCAUGUGCUGAGAGUAGGGAUCUGGCCUCCCUGGUAGGCUGUCUAGGUGCUGAACAUUUCAGCCAUCAGUUUUGUACAAAUAUUUUGCUACUGUAUGAAUGCAUUUGUUUUUAUUUUGGAGUGUAUAAAACAGCAUUUGCUAA